AAUCACCUCGAAUUCGACUAAGGCCUCUUUGAAAUACCUCGUUGGGCUUUGAAAUUUCUGAAUAAGAUUUUUUUGUCGAAGCUGGUUGAGCUAUGGCGCCCAAAACAGCUGGGAAAAAAGGAGAAGAGAAGAGGGAGACUGUCAAGGAAAAACCGACUACUGACGAUAAUGAAAAGAAAAAGAAGAUAAAGAGAAAGCAAAGUUAUGGAGUCUUCAUUUACAGAGUGCUGAAGCAAGUUCAUCCUGACUCUCGAAUCUCCAGCAAAGCCAUGGGCAUCAUGAACUCGUUCGUCAACGACAUCUUCGAACGUGUUGCGAGCGAAGCUUCUCGUUUGACGAAAUACGCCAAGAAGUCGACCAUCGGUUCCCGUGAGAUCCAGACCGCUGUCAGAUUGCUUCUGCCCGGUGAACUGGCCAAGCACGCUAUCAGUGAAGGAACCAAGGCCGUGACCAAGUACACCAAUAGCAAGUGAAGCGAUCUUCGCGUAAUUGAAACAAACGGCUCUUUUAGGAGCCACCAGUUCUGCCUUAAAGUCUCUGAUCAGCUGAGGUUUUUGUUAACCAAGGGGUUUAAUACCACGGGUUAAGAAAUCGACAGGGAAAAAAUUUCUUCAACGUCAGAAUUUAUUUCGAGUCGGAAAAUUCAGUUGUUUGUGCAUGGUGAAUUGAAACACGUUUGAGAUAGCUUUGUCCAGGCGUUCGGUUAGUUAUAGAACAGCGUCACAAAAUAGGAGAAAAAUAGCGGAAGACCAAGGAGCGAAAGAAGCUUUCCCACGUUGCACCCCCAACCAUUUCUUAUCGCGAGUCGAAGUCACGCAAUACCUCUCGGAGCGUUGUGUGACUUCGACAGUUUCGAGAAACAAAACAAGCGCGCGUGAAUCCCGCCUCGCGCUCUUAGGACGCAAACCCCACAAACAACCUAACACUUUGUC